GUGUGCGGAGAUUUGAUUGUAGAAAAAAUGGCGGUAUAGGUUCAAGGAGCCGAGUAAUGUUUCAUAAAAUGCUGAAGCCUCUUUUUGAUGAAACCAUUGUAAAUUAAACCUCUUAAAAACCAUUCAAAUAUCAAUAAUUUGCAUUCAUAUACACUGAUGAUUUGAGACUAGUCUUAAAAGUCUAACCGAGUGACAUGAAGUAUUCAUAGCGUGUCCCUGAUAGUAAUUUUGUGGUUUUGUUGGGAUUAUCAGGUAGACAUGAAGAAUUCCUCCAACUCGACCCUUGGUGCCCGUAAGAAGGCCGAAGCGUUGCAAUUACAGCUGGAACUGACGACAGACGAAGAGUGGGAAGCUGUCGUGAACAGACCUGGUCUCAUCGUGGUGGACGUGUACAGUGCGUGGUGCGGACCAUGCACCAGUAUGCUGCACACUCUCAGGCGUAUCAAACUCGAGCUCGGAGACGACCUCCUGACUAUGGCAACGGCGUGCUCUGACACCAUCUCGGCGUUCGAGAAAUUCCGUAUGAAAGCUGAACCAACAUGGCUCUUCUUUGGGGGCGGUAAGGCGCUACGGGCGGUCCACGGCGCGGAUGGUCCGCAGCUUGUUGCUGCCAUCCGCGAGCUGCUCGACACUGAACGCCGGAUCGCUGCGGGGCAAGCCAAUAGAGAGUCGGUUAUGCUGGAGUCGCUGGUGAAGCCUGAAGAAGUAAUCAUCCCUGACGAGGACUUAGAUGACGAAGAAGGGGAGAGAGACGCCAGAGCGCAAGAAGAGGCGGAGCUGGGGAUUGAGAAGCCUCUUCCCUACGCCGUCCUGUUCAUCCUCCCGCACAUCGUGUCCACAGACAGGGUGGAGGCGUUCCUGUCCCAUAUUGUCUCCGCAGGAUUAGUCAUCAUGGGCCACGUUCAGCUUGAGCCUCAACAGCCGCAGCUUCUUUCUUUGCUUCUGGGCGAGGAAGAUGAAGAACACGAAGACAACGACCGACGUUCCGAAGCGGAAUAUUCUAUCAAGCAGUCAGUAGCAGAGAAUGCGAGCGCGGAGACAUCGAAGCCGACAGACGAAGACGAUCUGAGGUACUGGGCGGACGAGCUCACGAAGGCUCCGCUCUACAUGUUGCUGCUGCAGGUGGACGAUGAUGCAGACGAGUAUGGUGGUGAUGAAGGCAAGAGUGUGGUGCAAGUGUGGCAAGAGUUGCUGGGGCCUAGCGACCUGCAAGAAGCUAAACUCAACCACCCCGACAGUCUGGUUGCAGAGUUCGGUGAAGAGCAGCACGCGGUGCCGGCGUGGCUGCCGCGGCAGCGUCGCCUGCAGGAGAGGCUCGCUGCGUUCGCCUUCCCGGCGCUCGUCUGCUGCGACGCGCCCAAGCUGCUGCUGCUGCCCGACGCCGACCACCGCGCGGUGCUGGAAAGCCUGUGUAGCGCUGGUGUUGAGGUGCUGGCACACACGCAGAGCUGCCUCACUCCUGCCAUCCUGGCAGCCCUCAACCCUGCCGCCUCUGCCAGCAACAUCACCGACCAUCUUGGCAAGCCUGUGUUCGCGGCUGUUAUUUCAGCUGACAGCGUACCGAAGGUGAGAGCAGACCAGCUAGGAGUAUUGCAUCUCACGGCAUCUCCCCAAUGUGGUGUUGGUGUCGUGACACAUGCUGGUCAGCAAGACACAUCACAAACUCAGUCUCGUCCAGUAUCAUCUCGUAAAAGAAAUGACAAAACUCCUGUUUUUAUGGAUGGUGAAGAAAAUCAAACACCUCGAAUCCCAACUGCCAAUGAAAUCGCUCUUUUUUUCCCGGAUUUGUCGGCAGAGUUGCUCAUGGCCAAGCAUCUACAAGAUGAUCCUCAGACUCAGAUGCAGAUCGAGCAGAGCAAAGAAAUCAGCAGAACUUAAAAGUUGUUUUUGGUUUCAUUGGAGCUAGAUGAAUGUCGAAACAUUCGAACUUGUAUUAUAAAUUAAAUCA